AUGACACAGCGGAGAGAAGAAACCCAGGAAUUCGAAGAGGAUACACUUAAAAUAAACCGUCACGAAAAUAUCGAACUACCGGCCCUAACGAAUGUGCCAAACUUAGUGAAUCAAUUAACUUAUAGCAAAACGAGUACUCCUAAUUAUCCCGAAAGAGGAUCGUGGAGUACCAAAUUAGACUUUAUCUUAUCCGUAGUAGGUUUAGCUAUAGGUUUAGGAAAUGUAUGGAGAUUUCCAUAUUUGUGCUACAAAAAUGGUGGCGGAGCCUUCCUUGUUCCCUACUUCAUUACGUUAAUCCUCGCCGGUAUACCGAUGUUCUUCAUGGAAUUGGCGCUCGGUCAAAUGUUAACUAUAGGAGGUCUUGGAGUGUUCAAAAUCGCACCGAUUUUUAAAGGAAUAGGAUAUGCUGCCGCUGUGAUGUCCUGCUGGAUGAACAUCUACUACAUUGUAAUUUUAGCAUGGGCCAUAUUUUAUUUUUUCAUGUCUUUACGUGCAGAUGUUCCUUGGAGGACGUGCAACAAUUAUUGGAACACUAAAUUUUGCGUCAAUCCUUACGAUCGCAAAGGUUUACUUUGCUGGGAAAAAUAUAACGUUAACAACACUUUAAGCAAAUUUUGUCAAAUCGGCUCGUACAAUGUCUCAGCCAAUGACUUAACAGAUCCCGUCAAGGAAUUCUGGGAACGAAGGGCUCUCCAGAUCACCAAAGGAAUAGAACAUGUGGGCUCCAUCAGAUGGGAACUUGCAGGAACAUUGCUGCUAGUCUGGAUAAUUUGCUACUUUUGCAUAUGGAAAGGGGUCAAAUGGACUGGCAAAGUAGUCUACUUCACAGCGUUGUUCCCUUACGUGCUCCUCAGCAUACUCCUAAUAAGAGGCAUUACAUUGCCCGGCGCCACGGAAGGCAUUCGCUUUUACGUGAUGCCCAAUUUAUCGAAACUCACCGAAUCGCAAGUAUGGAUCGAUGCCGUUACUCAAAUUUUCUUUUCCUAUGGAUUGGGUUUGGGCACUUUGGUAGCUCUGGGAAGCUACAAUAAAUUCACCAAUAAUGUGUAUAAGGAUGCUUUGAUUGUGUGUUCGGUCAAUUCGAGUACCAGUAUGUUUGCAGGAUUCGUUAUAUUUUCUGUAGUAGGUUUCAUGGCUCAUGAACAACAACGGCCUGUAGCAGAUGUAGCUGCUUCUGGUCCUGGAUUAGCGUUUUUAGCGUAUCCAUCAGCUGUUUUGCAAUUACCAGGUUCUCCACUGUGGGCUUGUCUGUUUUUCUUCAUGAUCUUACUAAUCGGUCUCGAUUCGCAAUUUUGCACCAUGGAAGGGUUCGUCACCGCUGUCGUCGACGAGUGGCCGUCUUUGCUGAGAAAACGAAAAGAAAUCUUCAUUGCUAUUGUUUGCUUCAUAUCGUAUUUAGUCGGUUUGUCUUGCAUAUCGCAGGGCGGAAUGUACGUGUUCCAAAUACUAGAUUCGUACGCUGUGAGCGGCUUCUGCCUGCUGUUUCUGAUUUUCUUCGAAUGCAUAGCGAUUUCGUGGGCGUUUGGGGUCGAUAAAUUCUACGAUGGUAUCAAGGAAAUGAUCGGAUACUACCCGAUAAGUUGGUGGAAAUUCUGUUGGACUAUCGCUACACCUUUCAUAUGUAUAAGUGUGUUUGUUUUCAAUUUGAUACAAUGGACUCCAGUGAAAUACUUAAGUUACGAAUUCCCUCGUUGGGCGCAUCUGUUUGGUUGGGUGACGGCCUUAACAUCUAUGCUAUGCAUUCCUGGUUAUAUGAUUUACCUCUGGAGCGUUACACCUGGAACCAGACAAGAGAAAAUUCGUCUUCUUGUAAGAAUUGACGAUGAUGUUCAAACUAUAAGAGCAAAAAUGCAUCAAAGUGCGCUAGGGGUCGCCGUGUGA